AGCUGGGCGGAGCUAUAUUCCUCUGACAGAAACAACUUCCCGACCUUUGAGACUAGCAGAGAAGUGGAGAGAGACAGGAGGAUAUACAUUCAGAGCAGAAUGGCCACAGAAUUCACUCAGGACUCGUUGUUAUAUUUCCUCCAGAGCAGCGGGGGCACGGUGAAAAACUCGGAUCUGCUUCUGCACUUCAGACAUUUCAUUAGGGACCAUGCGGACCAGAACCGCAACCGGGAGCAAUUCAAAAAGUUUGUCAACUCCUUGGCCACCGUUAAACAGAUCGAUGGCGUCUCUUAUGUCGUUCUCAGAAAGAAAUUCAAAGGACAUGUCACCGGCGGCGGUGAAGGGGGCUCUUCCGAGCCGCCGCGACUUUGCGCCCGAAAGAACACCGAACCUUCCCCGGAGAACGCCAAACUGAGUCCGGCUAGGAGCACAGAGAAGCCUCGGCAGAAACUGAGGGAGGUGACAACACCCGCCCCGCCGGGAGUAAUCGCCGGCAAAACAAUUUUACCUGCGGCUGGUAUCAUGCUCAACAACAACAACAACAGUAACAUGGAAACAAAUUUAAACCUAAAACAGAAACGGCAGCAGGUAAUCCGCACACCUGAACUUUGUGGUAGACCAGCAGCAGAUCAGGUGGUGAGUCAGAUCUCAGAGACAGCACAAAUGAAGACCCCCAGUCUGUCUGAGCCUUUUGCCCCAGAUCAGUGUACUAAAGCACAGCACAGGGUGGGUUUUGAGCUGCCUCCUGGAAUCACACCUGUGGUCGCUGCACUCCGACACCAUGAAGAAACCAGCCAGCAGCUCCCAGUCCCAGAAACCCUCAGAGGAAGGGAGGCCUGUCUGCAGCCUGAGGGAGGUCUUCAUCGGGAACCUCCUCUUCAUCCCAUCAGUCUUCAGCUGCAGGCUGCUCCACGCCCCAUCAGACUCAGGCAGAGCUACAAAUCUGCUGUGUCUUUUGAUGAAGAUGAGGAGGAGGUCCAAAUAAGGCAAUGUUCAGCAGGAGGAACGCUGCCCCUGAGCACUCCUCUCAGAGACGUGGGGAGGGCCAUCUCUGCCUCCUCGCCGUGUAUCUUAGACCCACCUGUUUCUCCCGUUGUCGUGUCCUCCUCUUCAUCCUCAUCAUCAGAAAGGAAGCUCCCUAAGAUUUACCUUCAGGAUGUGGAAAGGGAAACGAUGACCCCUCGUGGCCCAGGCUGGAGCUUGGAGUCAGGGGUAGGUCAGAGAGGACAAUGGGCUGGGCCAGGACUGGAACCUGGGUCUGUUUCAGGGAAGUCCACCAGACAAAGCCUGCCUUUAGAGGCAGAGCGCUACAUGGCGUCCCCUGACGGAGCUACAGAGGUGGUGCCUCACCAUGAUGCUCACGCAGACCGCCGAUACUCGCAGCCUGCAGGUGUCCAGCUGGAGCCCAGGCAGGGGCCGAAUCAAAGCCAAGGGGAGAGGCUGUCAUCUAACCACAGUAGCAUCUUCUCCCCCUCAUCUGACGCUCCACGCCCCAUCAGACUCAGGCAGAGCUAUAAAUCUGCUGUGUCUUUUGAUGAAAAUGAGGAGGAGGUCCAAAUAAGGCGAUGUUCAGCAGGAGGAGCGCGGCCCCUGAGCACUCCUCUCAGAGACAUGGGGAGGGCCAUCUCUGCCUCCUCGCCGUGUAUUUUAGACACACCUGUUUCUCCCUCUGUUGUGUCCUCCUCUUCAUCCUCAUCAUCAGAAAGGAAGCUCCCUAAGAUUUACAUUCAGGAUGUGGAAAGGGAAACGAUGACCCCUCGUGGCCCAGGCUGGAGCUUGGAGUCGGGGGUAGGUCAGAGAGGACAAUGGGCUGGGCCAGGACUGGAACCUGGGUCUGUUUCAGGGGAGUCCACCAGACAAAGCCUGUCUUUAGAGGCAGAGCGCUACAUGGCGUCCCCUGACGGAGCUACAGAGGUGGUGCCUCACCAUGAUGCCCACGCAGACUGCCGAUACUCGCAGACUGCAGGUGUCCAGCUGGAGCCCAGGCAGGGGCUGAAUCAAAGCCAAGGGGAGUGGCUGUCAUCUAGCCACAGUAGCAUCUUCUCCCCCUCAUCUGACGCAGGCCCCUCCAGCAGCGACUAUCUCUCCCCCAGAGGAUUGGGGUGGAACGGCAGCUAUGAAGAUCUACAUGCCAGAGCAGGUGAGACUGGGGGUGGUUCAAAAAUCCAGGAAGUAUUGGAGCGAGCCCGUCGUGCCAACAGUAAAACAACGGUGCCUUGGCAUAAUUCUACAGGCCAUCUCCAUGACGACCAGGAGCCCACAGCUCGUUUGUCACCAUUCCAUUAUUCCUCCGACUAUCUCCACGACAACCAGAACUCUACACCCUGUAUGGUGCCAUGCCACCUCUCCACAGGUGAUAUCUACGACCGAGAAGAGGCAGAGUCGAGCGAGGGCUCUACCUCUUCGCCGCCGCUGGGGUUGCACCCGGCAGUUGCCAGGCGGCUCAGCAGCCUCUUGAGGAGCAGGAUGUCCCGCAGUCUGGGAGCCGAUCUCGACCAGCUCGUCCAGGAGGAGUCAAGAGCAGGAGGAGGAAGUGAGGCGGCCAGGCUGAACCGCCUCCACCUAAUCUCCUCCUCACUUAGCCUACGCUACAACCUGUCAUCUUCCUCGCUGUCGUCCUGUUCCACACCACCUCGCUGCCAAAGCCUCGUUGACCUGGACGAGGAGGUGAAGGGGAGAGGAGGAAGGAGGAGCUCUCCCAUUGCCGCCUCCUCCACUGCUCGUCAUGAAGGCCCCAGUAGACAGUCAAUGGUUCCUCUGGAGCCCAGGGAGCACGCCUGGCUGGUGAAGGGGGCGGCAGGUGCCUGGCCCGAUAUCUACACCCUGUUCAGGGAGGACUCGUCCCUUCUUAACAGACAAGACUUCAUCUCCGGCUUCACUGUGCUGCACUGGAUUGCAAAACACGGUGACCACAGAGUCCUCAACACCUUAUGGUAUGGAGUCGAGAAAGCUGGUUUGACCUUCAACAUGAAUGCCAAGUCAACAUGUGGCCACACGCCUCUCCAUAUUGCUGCCAUCCACGGCAACAAGAACAUAAUGCGGUUGCUGGUUAACAAGUUCAACGCAGAUGUGAAGCUGAGGGACGCAGCGGGAAAGAAGGCCUGGCAGUACCUGAGCAGCACGACACAGUCGGAUGUCUUUCAGCUGCUGGGAGCUCCAUCACGACCUGCUGGGGGAGGAGAUGGAGGAGUUGUGAGAGAAGACCAGGAACAGCGUCAGCAGACCCCCCGCCGUCGGCGGCAUCACCUCUCCUUUGCUUCCCCGGGAGAGAGGCCGCUGACCAUGUCAGGCACCACAAGGGUCAAAAGGUCCACGUCAAUUGCUGCAUUCCUCAAACACAAAUCGCUGCUGCAGUUUCAUGGACAUCAAUCUGACUCCUCCGUUUAAAAACUCAACUAAGGGUUUAAGUUGGAUUUCGUUUAGAGAGUUCUCGGUUUACCGACCACUCAACUGAACAACAGUUUGCUGGACAGCUGGUUUCAUAAACACAAACAAGGUUUACACCUAGGCCUAUCCACAGCAUGGCCAAAAAGUGGCUAAUGAUAUGCCUCUCUUGUUCCACUGGCAGAUACCCCCCCAGACGCAUAGCCUGAUUGUAUUCAUGUGCUGACAUAUUGACACCUUGGUUACCAAAUGAUUUGGCUUAAGGUUAGGUGUGAAAACAUCUUACUGCUGUACCACAGAUAACACUUCUCACGGCAUUAAAAACUCAUUUGUAACAUUGUCAUUAUCUACUGUAAUAUUCCUACACAUAACUAUACUGACAUGGCUAAUAUUUAGCUAUGGCUAACUCCUCUAGCUUAGCCAUUAGCAUAACAUCAGCCUUCAAGGAGGCGUUAUUAUGGAACCCACGCAACUUCUAGGCAAGACCCGCCCUUCAAUAGCAUUCACACACUACUAUUGGCCAGGUGUCAAUGCUUACGCAAAGUAACUUAACCCGAUUUGUUUAUGUCUUACCCCCUGACCAAUCGGCUAUCCUAACCUUAACCAUUCAAGGUCAAUGCCUAACCCCAACCAAUCGAGCUGCUUCGUAGUGCGGGACUUGCCUAGAAGUUACGUGGGGAUCCAUAAUAACGCUUCAAGGAGUUUAAGAGGCCAGCCAGACCAGCAUUUACCGUAUAUCCACAAAAUGUCGGAUUAUAAUUAAAGUGGAAUCGCCCCAAUCACUGGAUUCGAUAAUACAGACAAAGUAAA